CCCAUCCAACAUGGCUGCCAAGCGGAAGCAGGACGAUAAACAUUUGAAACUUCUUCGGGAGCUUGGGUCCAAACCAGACAACAAGAAAUGCUUCGACUGCGAGCAGAGGGGUCCCACAUAUGUCAACAUGACAGUGGGCUCCUUCGUGUGUACUCGAUGCAGCGGAAUAUUACGCGGAUUAAAUCCUCCCCACCGUGUGAAGUCUAUCUCCAUGACGACGUUCACAUCUCAAGAAAUUGAGUUCUUGGAAAACCACGGGAAUGAGUUUUGCAGACAAUCGUGGCUCGGCCUCGAGAAUUCCAGAACCUCCUCAUUGGAAUCCAAAGACGAGCAGAAAGUCCGGGAUUACAUGGUCCAGAAAUAUGAGAGAAAACGAUGGUACAUCCCGCCUAGUCAGGUGAAACUCAACAAUAGUAGUAGCAACAGUACGCCGGAGGUUAAACCACUCAAACAGGUGGCAAGAAAUGACUCCCCUAAACCAACAUCAUCCUCUUCGUCAUCGUCGCCCGUUACCUCCAAGCCAGCGGUGAAGAGUGCCAUCUCGAUCCCGAUGCCGGGCGCUGUGGCCGGUCCCGCCCUUCAGGCCCAGUACAAACCACCUACUUCAGUACCCAGCGCUGAGUCCGGUCGCUCAGCCAUGGACCUCUUAGGGGACCUGGGCGGGGACCCGUUCAGCCAGCCACAGGCAUCAGCCCAAGCUGGAGCUCCUGGAGGCUUCGCAAAUUUCGGCCAGGCAUUUUCAAGUCAGCCACCCACACAAGCUAGUCAACCAGCUACAUUUGAUCCAUUCGGUUCCUCAAACAAUUUCAACGCGUUCGGCUCAAAUCCACCUCAGUCUGGUUCUGGCACCACUUUCGCCACCGCCACUCCCCAAGCCGUUGCCCCGGCAGCAGUGAGCGGCAGUUUCAAUGCAUUCAGCUCGGCCCCCUCCCAACCAAACAACGCAAGCUUCAACGCGUUCGGCACGACGGCACCAUCUCAGCCCGCCGCUGGUAACUUUGCUUCGUUUGGCGCAGCUCCGACACCAGUUCCUGCAGCCAGUGUGGGUCAAACGGCGCAGUCCCUUUUCAACCUCAGCAUAUCCACCCCAGCUUCCACCGCCAGUCAACCAAUCAGCUCAUCCGGCGACAAAUACGCAGCGUUCAACACGCUGGGGACAGAGGUCCCGUCCGUCUCGACCGGGAAUAGCGUCAACUGGACUGGAGGCUCAUCCUCCAGUGGUGUGGUGGAUUGGAGUGGUGGAGGAGCGAGUAAGGCCGGAGCAGGGGGAGGAGCUAAUGUCCUAAGUGGGGGAGGCAUCGAUUGGGGACCAGGAAGCAACACAAACAUCAAGCAGCCACCUACUAGUAGUGGAGUAGGGCUCAUGUCAAGCGGGAUGCCAUCGGGAGCUAAUCCAUUUGGUGGCCAGUCAACAGCAUCGUCAAUGUUUGGACAAACAACUGCACAGCCAGUCAACACAGGCAAUAUGGGAGCCUUCGGCGCCCACCAAGUAGUUCCCCAAGGAAGUGGAUUCGGCGACCUUCAACAACCCCCCCAAAGUAGCGGUUUCGGGGCUUUCAGUAGCGGCACAGGGGCUACCCCGGCACCAGGGGGCAUGAUGAAUGGGGGUGCCUACCAAAUGCAAGCCCAACCUGGGGGCUUUCCCACCCAAGGAGGCUACGGGGGCGUGGCACCCAUGCAGGGUGGUGUGGCACCCAUGCAUGGAGGCGUGGCGUCAGGACAGAUGGGUACAGGGGUACCGGGUAUGUCGGCAGUGUCACAAGGGGGUGGGUUUGGGAUGCAGCACCAAGGAGGUUUCAUGGCACAGGGUGGAGCUCCGGUGGGAGGAGCCGUAAAGCCCGGAUUCGGGGGCGGAGCGGGCGCCCAAAUGGGACUUGGAGGUACACCGGGGUACGGCGGUGGUUUUGGAGGUGGCAUGCAGGCGGGUUUCGGGGCGACACCCCAGCAGGGAAUGAACAUGGUGCAGCAGCCCAUGGGUAUGGCGCAUCCGACGGGAGCUGGUUAUGGAGCACCUGGAGGCAUGGGACAGGCACAGAAUGCAACGGGGGCAACUGGGUUCGGUGCCCCUACACAAGGAGGAUGGCCACAACAGCAAUCCAAUCCAUUCAUGGGACAGACGGACAGCUUUGGCGGUCAGCAGCAGCAACAACAACAACAACAACAACAACAACAGCGCUCGACAAACCCAUUCAUGUAGUUGGCUGAACUGGGGGUAUUUCGCCCCUCAAAAAGAAUUUAAUCUGUGAGUCUCUCUUGCAAAUGAUCUGCUGUAAUAUUUCUCCUUUUGCAAUCCUUUGUUGUAAAUGCUUUAUACCAAGGCGCUGUAUCAUAACCGUGCUUUGAUGACGCUUUUUUUGGGCACAGUUUAAAAAAGUAAUCAAAGUGUAAAUUAAUAAAUUGGAGGGAUUUUGAAGAGCUUCGUAAAUUUUUUUUUGACGCUUCCGAAGAGAAUUAACACUGACUGUGUUUUUGAAUGGAAGAAGAAAUUUAAUAAUACCUGUACAAAUUUGGGGGUUGCUCUUUUGCAUAAAUUUUGGGUGAACUUUUUAAAACUAAACUGUGUAUGUGAAAUUACUUUGAGUUUGAGUCAUACUUGAAGGUUGGGUCAUACUUAGUUAAUAACCCUAAAAAUUGGUGUAAUUUUUAUCCGAAAGCUUCUAAAGAUUGGUGUUAAUUGUAAAAAUCCCGCAACAUAAUUUCGUCAGAAGUAACCCUUCUGAAUAGAAACAUAAAAAUUUGUUUUGACAUAGAUCGCCGCAACUGUUGCAGAUUCAAAUAAUUUUUAUGGUGUCUGCUUAUAUUCGGAACCGACUGUCACCUCGCUAAACAUGGAUAGAUUUGACUAAAAAUAAACAGUGACCCUUUUUCUCCUUUUUUUUUUCUCCCAUUAAGUAGACACCGUAUUUAACUGAAACUUUCACAUGUUACUUUAAUUGUACCCUUCUUUAAAAUUUGGCCAGCGUUUUGUCAAAAGAAAAAAAAACGAUGACCCUACCUUAAAAAGUGAUACUCUGUGUGCUGACCUUUCCGCGUAUACUUUAUGAUUUAGUUCCAAGAAGAAUUCCAAACUAAUUUCCACUGUUAACCAGCAUGUGAAUAUCAUUAUUCUCUUGCACUUUUCUAGCAAAAAAAAAAAAAAAAAAAAAAAAAAAGGGAUUUUGUAGCUGUUGUAUGUAUAGGUUAAAAUAUAAUCCAAUGCUAUCAAGGGUUACAGUAGGUGGGUCUUGUGUUAAUGUGUACAUGUUAGAAGCUUGUAUAUAUAUUAAAAAAGGUAAACAUGAAAUAGCAGUCACAUGGGCAUUGGUUUUAGAAUGUUGAACAUCUCUUAUUUAUCUCAGCGAACUUGGUUGUUUUCUUGAGAAUUAUAGACAAUUAAAACUAAUACCUUAAUCUCUUCGACAACUAAUUUCACGCACUUCAUAAAGAAAACCCAUGUUUUUACAGGAAAUUUUCAUUUAAUUUGUUUAAAAAAAAACGCAAUUUUAAAGUAAAGGUGUAUGUUUUUGGUGUGUUUUGGUGAAAUUAAUCAUUUAAAAAGGUUAAAAGGUUAAAGGCUGCUGAUUGCUUUCCCAAAAUCAAUUUGUUGCAUAACAUUUAUUGGAUUAAGAGGAGCGCCAAAAAGUAAAUAAAAUGUUACUGAGAUUAAGGGUAGGAGGGUUAAUAAAUGAUCAAGUGAUAUACACCAUGUGUUUGAUUUUCAGUCCACACUGCAUCGUUCUCCUUAAACAGUGGUCCGCUGGCCUAAUGCCAGUUCUAAAAGUAAAUUGCUAAACCACUCAUAAUUCUAUCCAGGCGAACUGGCUGCUUACUCAAUAUUGAAUAGACUUGUCGUCAAGUCGUUAUGCGCUGCCUAUUUGUUACAAACACAAACUCUGCCGAUCAUGCAACAGUCACAGUGCGUUUAUACAUUCAUGCAAGGGUCAUAGGUAGCGCGUGGCAGCUCUCUGACUCACACACAUACUGGGAGCGAGGAUGAGUGUCGCGCUUAACAAUAUUACCGACUUGAUUUCAAGACUAAGUAUUGAAAAGCAUCCCUAUUUCUUGAAAGUGAAAACAUGUUUUGGACUAGGGAAAUGACUUGACUUAUAGCUGAGCAAGUUUCAAAGAACAAAUACUCCUGUACAGUGUACAUGUAGGUAGAUAUGUACUGUUCUAAGUGUGUGUAUGCUGCACUUUAUAUAAUACACAUUAUUAUGUAUGUAUGAUAUUUUCUCUGUGUAACAGUAUUAAUAAGAAAAUAUUAAGUUAGUUACAUUAUAUAUUCGCACAACUUGUUUUAUUUUUUUGGUAUUCUCAAUUAAUAUUAACACAUCAUUUUGGCCAAGAAAUUUCUGUAAUUGGGGGAGUUUUUUAUUUUUUUUUAAUAGACCCCUUGUAUGGUGUCACUUUCUCAAAUUGCGCCCUCAAGCCCGGUUCAUACUUUCUGCGAAUGCAACAACGUGUCAAAUUUUGACGUCACAAAUUCGCAACGAAUGAUUCACAACAGUUGAAUUGUGUUCAACUCCAGCGAAACAUUUGCUGCGAAACAGCCAUGCGACGUCAAACUACGCUUUGCGCAUUCGCGGGAAGUUUGAACUAGGUGGGCUUCACUUAGUCUAGAGGUAGCUCAUUGGAUGACACACAUGAACAUGUAGCUGCUUUGGUGAGUAAAACGAGCACGUGCAGCAGCGAUCAGCAAUAGGCAAGGGGUCUGUUGGUUAUUGGGGCUAAAGAAAUUAGCAUGAGACAAAGAUGUGCAUUGUUUUCAUUUUGUUCUUUGUUCGUGCCACAUUGAUGGAUGUGAAUGUACAAAUUCACACAUGAUUCAAUGUGAUAUACAUGGAUGUUAAUAUCACACGUGGAUGUUAACUUCACAUGGAUAGCUGUGAAUAGUAUGGCCACAACAACCAGAGUGUGUGAAAAUAAGCACUUCCACAUCAUUAAUAUUUUGCGUGUAAAUUUGCAUAUAAAUUGUCAGUGUUUCUUUAAAAACUAACACCUAUAUUUAUAAGUACAAGGGUUCAACUACAUAGGGCAAAAUGACGCCAGAUGUGCAACUUAACA